AUGAAGGAGCUUGUCAUUCAGGAUGCGCCCAAAAAGAUCAAAAACAUCCAGUUUGGUGUGAUGUCCAAGCAGGAGAUUGUGAAUCUCGCCGAGCUGGAAGUCGUUACACGCGAUAUCUACGAUCUGCCCAACCGUCAGCCGCGCGUAGGCGGUGUGCUGGAUCGUCGCAUGGGUGUGAGCGAUAAGAUGAGCUUGUGUGAGACAUGUGGGCAUCGCAUGGCCGACUGUGUCGGUCAUUACGGCUACAUCAAGCUGGUUCUGCCCGUCUUCCACGUCGGCUUUUUCAAGCAUGUGGUCAGUAUUCUGCAAAUGGUGUGCAAGUCGUGUUCACGUAUCCUACUUGAGGAGCCCGAUCGCCGCAAGUUUUUGCGUCGCUUUCGACGCCCCGGCCUGGAAAACUUGCAGCGUACACAGACCUUUAAAGCGGUCAAUACGGCGGCACGCAAGACAUUAUACUGUCCUCACUGUGGUGCGACCAACGGCACAGUGAAGAAGGUGGGCGCGCUCAAAGUGAUCCACGAAAAGUUCCGGCAGAAAAAGACGGAGGACGAGCAGCUCGAGUUCCGGAAAACCUUUGUGACGGCCGUGAGCAUGGGCAGCGGUGAACUCGCGCCGCAUUUAGGCAAGGCGCAGGAAGAUCUGAACCCUCUGCGUGUGUUGGACCUCUUCCGCCGGAUCCCGGAUGAGGAUUGCGAGCUUCUGGGCCUCAAGCCCGAGUUCGGUCGGCCCGAAGAAUACAUUUGGCAGUACAUUUGUGUGCCACCUGUGUGCAUCCGCCCGAGCGUGGCGCAAGACGGCGCGACAAACGAAGACGAUCUUACCGUGAAAUUGACAGAAAUUGUGUUUACAAACAACAUCAUCAAAUCAGGUCUGACCAAGGGCAGCAAAGGCACCACCACGGCGCAAUUGGUCGAGCAAUGGGACUUUUUGCAGCUGAGUGUGGCCUUGUAUAUCAACUCUGAGAUGCCUGGCGUCCCGCCUAUGAGCGGCCACAAGCCUAUACGCGGUUUUUGCCAGCGCUUGAAAGGCAAGCAGGGUCGAUUCCGUGGCAAUUUGAGCGGAAAGCGUGUCGAUUUCUCUGGCCGUACAGUCAUUUCGCCUGAUCCCAACUUGGCUAUUGACGAGAUUGCAGUGCCUGAGCGUGUGGCCAAGAUUCUUACGUACCCUGAGCGCGUCUUUGCCCACAACAUUGAGUCGAUGCGGGCGGCGGUGCGCAAUGGCACAGAUACACAUCCCGGCGCGAACUACCAUAUCAAUGGCCGCGAUGGAUUCAAGCGAUUCCUAAAGUUUCCUGGUAUGCGGGAGGACAUUGCUGCGAACCUACGUGUGGGCGAUAUUGUGGAACGUCAUAUCCGUGAUGGCGAUAUUGUGCUGUUCAACCGUCAGCCAAGCUUGCACAAGCUGUCGAUUAUGUGUCACCGUGUGAAAGUGCGUCCCUGGCGUACGUUCCGACUGAAUGAGUGUGUCUGCAAUCCAUACAAUGCCGACUUUGAUGGUGAUGAAAUGAACAUGCACGUACCUCAGACAGAAGAGGCACGUACAGAAGCGCUUACUCUCAUGGGUGUAAAGCACAACCUUGUGACGCCACGCAAUGGUGAGCCUAUUAUUGCUGCGAUCCAGGACUUUAUUACAGCGUCGUUCCUUCUUUCACGGCGUGAUCGUUUCUUCACGCGCGCCCAGUUUGUGCAGGUGUGCUCGUACUUUGGUGAUGCCUCGGUUCACAUUGAUCUUCCGCCCCCUGCCAUCCAAAAACCAGUGCGACUGUGGACAGGUAAACAGCUCUUUAGCUGCCUGAUCAGGCCCAACAAGGACUCGCCUGUCCUUGUCAACUUGGAGGCACGCUGCCGAACGUUUGAGAAACCUCGUGAAGGUCACAUCAAGGAAAUGUCGCCCAACGAUGGCUACCUGGUGAUCCAGAACAGUGAAGUGUUGUGUGGUGUGAUGGACAAAGCUACGGUGGGUGACGGAAACAAGCACUCUUUGUUCGGUGUGAUCCUACGUGACUACGGUCCUGAUGCUACGAUUGCCGCUAUGAAUCGGCUGGCCAAGACCUGUGCUCGUUGGCUCUCCAACCAGGGCUUCUCUUUGGGUAUCAGUGACGUGACACCUGGCCAGCGUCUGCAAGACUCGAAGGAUCGUCAUGUGGAGGAGGCGUACGCCCAGUGCCGCGACUUGAUUGACCUGGCCAAGCGAGGCAAGCUCGACAAUUUGCCUGGUUGUGACCAGGAGCAGACGUUGGAAAGUAAAAUUUCCGGUGUGUUGUCAGGUGUGCGUAGCGACGUGGGUGAGUUCUGUAUGACCGAGCUGAGUCGACACAAUGCGGCUCUUCUUAUGGCCGUUUGUGGUUCGAAGGGAUCCAAAAUCAAUGUGGCGCAGAUGGUGGCCUUGGUUGGCCAGCAGAUCAUUUCUGGUUCGCGUGUACCGAACGGCUUCCAGGACCGCUCUCUCCCGCACUUCCCGAAGAAGUCCAAGGACCCGCCCUCCAAAGGUUUCGUCCGAAACAGUUUCUUCUCAGGUUUGGAGCCUACCGAGUUUCUCUUCCAUGCUAUCAGUGGGCGUGAAGGUUUGGUUGAUACCGCUGUGAAGACGGCUGAGACAGGCUACAUGCAGCGCCGUCUCAUGAAAGCCCUGGAAGAUUUGUCGACGCACUACGACUUUUCCGUCCGCAAUUCCAGCGGUGGUGUCGUUCAAUUCUUGUACGGUGAUGACGGCCUGGAUCCCGCAGAACUAGAAGGCAACGCGUUGCCUGUCGACUAUGUUCGUACGUUCCACCACGCUAUGGCGAUGACAGCACACAUGGACAGCCGCAAGCUGCUUCCUUUCGAGAUCAUUGAAUUGGUGGACCAUGUCCUAGCGGAAACUCGGUUCGGGCAGCUGUGCACGUCCAAGUACAUUGAACAGGUCCGUGAGUUCUGUCACGUCCAGGUGGCCGAGCAUGUGGCAAAUGUCCGCGAAGCGUACGGCAUGUACCCUGCGUUGGUUCGUGAUGGCGAUUGGGAUACGGAUACAGAUCUCACUUUGGGGGCCGACGAAGCGCAGCAGGCCAUUGUGCACAACAAGGCUAGUGUGACUGAAGCUGCUCUACGGACCUUUUUGGAUUUGUGCUGGACCAAGUACAUGCGGGCCAAGAUUGAGCCGGGCUCAGCGGUCGGCGCUGUCGGUGCACAGUCCAUCGGUGAGCCCGGUACGCAGAUGACCCUGAAAACCUUCCACUUUGCUGGCGUUGCUUCCAUGAAUGUCACACUUGGUGUGCCGCGUAUCAAAGAGAUUAUCAAUGCGGCCAAGAUUAUCAAUACCCCUAUCAUUGCUGCCAAGCUUGUGAGUGAAAAGAGCGAGCAAGCGGCACGUAUCGUCAAAGGCCGCAUUGAAAAGACGUAUCUGGGCGAUGUUGCUUCGGUCAUUGAAGAGGUUUGGUCUGCGUUGCACACGUACCUCAGUGUCCAUAUCGAUAUGGAGGCUAUCCAGAAACUGCAACUUGAAGUCACGUUGGAUGAUAUCAAACGGGCGAUUGUGGCCAUGCCCCGCAUGAAGAUGAAAGAAGAACGUAUCACUGUUCUUCCGCAGAAAUGCUGCCUGCAUAUCUACGUGCAUCCGGACGAGAAAGAGCCAGAUGUGUAUUACACCCUCAAGAACCUGAAACGGCAGCUUCCUAAAGUUGUGAUCAAGGGCAUUCCGAACGCCAACCGCGCCGUCAUCAGUGAUGAAAAGGGUGAGCGAAAGCUGUUGGUGGAAGGGUAUGGCUUAAAAGAAGUCAUGACAACUGAGGGUGUUGUGGGUACACAAACCCAUACCAACCACAUUAUGGAGAUGCAGCAGGUGCUUGGUAUCGAAGCUGCGCGUAACUCCAUUUACCGGGAGAUUGACUACACUAUGGCCAGCCACGGUAUGUCGAUUGACCCGCGUCAUGUGAUGCUUUUGGCGGAUGUUAUGACAUACAAGGGCGAGGUGCUGGGUAUCACUCGAUUUGGUGUAGCGAAGAUGAAGGACUCGGUAUUGAUGCUGGCUUCUUUCGAAAAGACAACAGAUCAUCUCUUCGACGCUGCGCUCUAUGGAAAGUCGGACUCUAUCGCUGGUGUAAGCGAAAGCAUCAUUAUGGGUAACCCCGCGCAAACCGUAGGUACUGGUAUGCCGACUCUCAUUAGCGCGCCGCCUACGUUGCCGCCCCGCCGAGAACUUCUCUUCGAGCAGGCAUCUACGCAUAUCACGAUGGGCAAAAAGAGCAAGACCGAAGUCGCUCCUGCGAAGCCAUCGAAGACCAGCAGCGUCAAAUCCAAGUCAUCGGAUGCCAAGUCUAUGAAGGCAUCUCCUAAGAAGGAAUCAAAGAAAGCCACCAAGGUGGAAUCUUCUGAUGAGGACUCUGACUCAUCGGACGAGGAGACUUCUGAUGAGUCUUCGUCAGAGGAGAAGUCUUCAUCAGAGGAGGAGUCUUCUUCGGAGUCUUCUUCGGAGUCGUCGUCGGAAGAGUCGUCGGAUGAGGAAGAGUCUUCUGAGGACGAGUCUGAAUCUGAGUCGGACUCGGACUCGGAGUCAAGCUCGAGCAGCUCGUCUUCGGACGACUCUGACUCGGACAGCGAGGAAGAGGAAAGCUCGGAAGACGAGGACGAUGCCAAGAAGGAAGAAAAGGAAUCUUCAUCAGAAUCGGACUCACCCUCAGAGUCUGAGUCUGGCUCUGACUCUGACUCUGACUCUGACUCUGACUCUGACUCAGACUCUGACUCUGACUCUGACUCUGACUCUGACUCUGACUCUGACUCUGACUCUGACUCUGACUCUGACUCUGACUCUGACUCUGACUCAGACUCUGACUCAUCUUCAUCGUCAGAGUCCGACUCCGACUCCGACUCUGACUCGUCGUCAGAGUCCGACUCCGACUCCGACUCUGACUCGUCGUCUUCGUCUUCGUCUGAUUCCGACUCCAGCUCGGACGAAGAGAUGGAGGAAGCUCAGCCAACAAAGAAGCGUAAAGCGGACUCGGAGGAGGAUGCGCCUACCAAGAAGUCCAAGACCGAGACUGAGUCAGGUGAGGAUGAUGGAAUCAAGACUCUGUGGGUUGGCCAGCUUAGCUGGAACAUCGACAAUGACUGGCUGAAGAGCGAGUUUGAGCAGUAUGGUACUGUUGUUGAUGCGCGUGUCCAGUGUGACCGCGACACGGGUCGCAGCCGCGGUUUUGGCUAUGUUGACUUUGCUACGUCUGCCGAGGCUUUGAAGGCCUCGAAGGAGGCUCAGGGCAAAGAGCUGGAUGGUCGCAACUUGCGUGUGGAUCUCCAGGCUCCACGUGCUCCCAAGGAGCGUGCUGAGAACCGUGCUAAGCACUUUAAGGAUGAGCUUAGUCCUCCUUCGAACACGCUUUUCAUUGGCGGUCUAGCCUGGUCACUGACGGAGGACGAUAUUUGGAACACCUUUGCUGAAUACGGUGAGGUGUCGGCUGUGCGUCUUCCAAAGGAAAUCGAGUCUGGCCGCCCGAAAGGCUUUGGCUAUGUUGAAUUUGAUACCGAAGCCAAUGCUGCCAAGGCAUUGGAGGCGCUGAAUGGCCAAGAUGUUGGUGGUCGGCCCAUCCGCAUCGACUUUGCCGGCAAGCGUGACAACAACAAUGGCCCGCGAGGCGGCAAUGGCGGCGGUUGUGGCGGCUUCCGUGGCGGUCGUGGCGGCGGUCGUGGUGGCGGACCCAGCCGUGACAGUGGCUGGGGUGCACGCGGCAACCGCUCCGCUAGUGGCAGUGUCCGCACUGGUGCCAUUGCUGAGUCUACGGGCAAGAAAAUGACGUUUGAUGAUUAA